CAGUCAUGCCAGUUGUAGAUUGAACAGAGUGAAGAGAGGUACGAAAUUUUACAAGAUCUAUCAUGUCUCGAGCGACCAUCAUCUUACUUGUUGUAUCGGCAAUAUUUUUUAUAGAUACAUCUGCCGACAAAAUAGAAUGUACUCGUCCACAUGAACACUACGAGUGCGGUUCGGCUUGUCAAACGAGGUGCGACAACUUAGGCCAACCUUGUCCCAUAAUAAACAUUAAAUGUAACGACGCUUGUUAUUGCAUCGAUGGAUACGCAAGACGAAGUAACGACAACUUGUGCAUCCCCAUAAGCGAUUGUCCUUCAGAUAGUGAAUAAAAGCAAAUCGCGAAGCUGAUUCUUUCGAUUAAUUUUAACUUUUGCUUUUGUUAUUCGCUUUACCAAGAAUUAUUUCUUAUAAUGUCAUGCGUAUGAGUUAUCUCUUCUGACAUAUUUUUCCGUAUCUUUAUGAAAUAUAUCUUGUGCAAGUAACAGCUGCUUCGUUUUACACACACAAGCUAUUAUUAUUUUCUACUUAUUAAUAGAAAUUAAUGUUGCACUA